UGCCGGCGGUUAGCUAUCGAGUAAGCUCGUCUUGACAACCUUCAUCAUGUCUGGUCGCGGCAAGGGAGGGAAAGGGCUUGGUAAAGGCGGUGCCAAGCGGCACAGAAAAGUGUUGCGCGAUAACAUCCAGGGUAUCACCAAGCCUGCUAUCCGCCGCUUGGCGCGCAGGGGUGGCGUUAAACGUAUCUCGGGGCUGAUCUACGAGGAGACCCGCGGGGUGCUCAAGGUCUUUUUGGAGAACGUGAUCCGCGACGCCGUCACCUACACGGAGCACGCCAAGAGGAAGACCGUCACGGCCAUGGACGUGGUCUACGCCCUCAAACGCCAGGGCCGCACGCUCUAUGGUUUCGGCGGUUAAGGCAGUCUCCACCGGUUUCCCGCGCCUGCACGCAUACA